GGAAUACCGUCAGUUGCGAGCGGACCUCUGCACGGAGUGGAACAAAAUCUGAAAACCUAGAGUACAGUCCGCGGAAAACGUUCAAUUCACAGAAAGCAAGAAUAAAUAUAUACAUAUAUUCUAAUUUUCUCAUAUAUAUCCUAUAUAUAUUUUUCGCCCGUAUAAAUACGAACAACGCAUAUAUGUAUCAGUGUACCAAAAGUUGUUAUACAUAAAAUAAAUUGCGAAAGAAGAAAUACCAUUAUCAACUAAAAAUAGUGCCCGAUUCUGAAAGGAAUAUAAUUUUUAAUAACGAAAGUACCAAACGACGAGAACGACUUAUAAAGUAUAUAGCUAACCAAAUAGCAGACACACGCCCGCAUGUUCGAGUUAAGGGUUUAGGAACCGUAGUGAAGAACCGUACCGAAGGCAGAGAACCGUAACUGAGUGGGUCGAAAUCGAAAGAUGACUUUCACUCGCCUCAAGACUCUGACGCUGCUCGUGUGUGCUCUGCUGGCACUGAGUUUUCCCGGAUAUGUAAAUGGCGCUAACAACAAGAAAGGAUCGCAGCCAGCUGCCCCGCCGGAGCCGGAGGCCGUCAUCGAGGAGGUCAAUGCCAAGCAGUUGGAAAAGCUCCUGGCUGACAAGGAUUACGUUGCCGUCUUCUGGUAUGCGCGCAGCUGUGUGACCUGUGAUAAGGUUUUAGCGGAACUCGAAAAAAUCGACGAUGACACAGACUCCUUCGGAGUGGACUUUGUGAAAAUCAACGACAAACGACUCGCCAAGCAGUAUGGCAUCAAGAACUUCCCCGCGCUCACCUAUUUCAGGGAGAAGGAGCCCAUCAUCUACGACGGAGACCUCAUGGACGAGGAGGGCGUGCUCGACUUCCUCACGUCGCUGGAGGCCAUGGACCUGCCCGACCGCAUCGAGGAGGUGAACGCCAAGAUUCUUCAGAAGAUCAUCGAGGACACCGACUUCGUAGCCGUGCUAUUCUGUCCAGAUCAUGAAACAUGCCCGCCCAGGGUAAUGGACAAGCAGCAAUGCCGCAAGUGUGCCAAGGCCUUGCAGGAACUGGAGAACAUCGACGACGAGGCCGACCAGCUGGGCAUCGGAUUCGUGAAGAUACACGACGAGGCGCUGGCCGACGAGUACAAUCUGGGCAAUCUGCCAGCACUGGUCUACUACCGCCACCAGACUCCGAUCAUAUACGAAGGUGAACUGCAGCGGGAGGAGGACGUCUUGGAGUGGUUGGUGCAGAACAAGUCGACGGGGGACGAGGACGACGUGAUUGAGGACGUCACCUCCAAGACGCUUUCGACUCUGAUUAGCAAUAUCGACAACCUGGUGGUGCUCUUUUAUGAUCAUGGCAACGACGACUCGAUGACCGUGCUGGAGGAGCUGGAGCAGAUAGACGACGACUGCGACAAGCAUGGCAUUCAGUUUGUGAAGAUUGAUGAUGCCAAGGCGGCAGGUGAUUACGGAAUCGACUCGAUUCCGGCCAUUGUUUACUUUGAAAAAGAAAUUCCAAACGUCUACGACGGCGAUCUCAUGGACGAGGAGCAGAUUCUCAAGUGGCUGUUGGGACAGUUGGAACGAGAUGAGAUCGAGGAUGUCACCGACGAAAUGCUCGACACAAUGAUCAAAGAGGGACGCGUUAUUGCGGUGUUGUUCUACGACAACAACGACAAGAAGUCUCAGAAAGUGCUCGAAGAGCUCGAGAACAUUGACGACGAGUGCGAUGCCCUGGGCAUUACCUUCGUGAAAAUCGAUAAUCCCGAGGAGGCCGUCGAAUACGGCAUCAAUAAAGUUCCUAAACUGAUAUACUUUGAAAAAGGCAUUCCAACUAUAUACGAGGGCAAUCUGGAGGACGAGGAGAAGCUUCUCAAGUGGCUCACAGACCAAACCAGUUCCGAUCAGAUCGAGGACAUUACCGACGAAAUGUUGGAUUUGAUCAUUGAAAAAAUGCCCCACGUUGCUGUUCUUUUCUACGACAAAGACCAAAAGAAAUCACAGAAAAUCCUCGCAGAAUUGGAAAACAUUGACGACGAGUGCGAUCAGAACGAUAUUGCCUUUGUCAAGAUCGAUGAUGACAAAGAGGCCAAAGAAUGGGGUAUCGAUGAGAUACCGUCGAUUGUACUCUUUGAACGUGGCAUUCCACACAUCUACGAGGGUGAUCUGAUGAAAGAGGAUGAGCUGCUCGGCUGGCUGGUGCAUCAGAAGCGGUACUCCGAGAUUCCCGAGGUGACCGAUGAGAUGAAGGACAAGUUGGUUGAGAACACCGAGCACUUGGCGGUUAUCUUCUACGACAAGGACGAUAAGCAGGACAUGCGCAUUCUCAACGAACUGGAGAACAUUGACGAUGAGUUGGAGAAGGAAGGUAUCGUCAUUGUGCGUAUCGAUAACGCCGCCGAGGCCAAGGAGUACGGUCUGGACCACUUGCCCGCCCUCAUCUACUUCGAGAACAAGAUACCAGCCCUUUACGAAGGUGAUCUGAUGAACGAGGACGAGGUGCUCGAGUGGCUGCUGGUCCAGAAGAAGACGGCUACCAUCGAGGAGGUCACCGACGAAAUCCUGGUCAACCUGAUCAAUGAGCACGAGUAUGUUGUUGUCUUUUUCACUGGCCCGUGCGAGCCCGGUGAGACCUGCGAUCACACCCUUAACGCCCUGGAAAGCAUCGACGACGAGUUGGACGAGGCUGGAAUCAUUUUUGUCACCACUGAGGACACUGGCGUCGCCAAGAAGUACAACGUCAAGACCUAUCCUCGCCUGGUGUUCUUCAGGAACCGAGACCCCCUGCACUUCACCGGAGAUCUCGACGACGAGGACGAAGUGUUGGCCUGGAUCACCGAUGACGAAACCCUCGAAAUUCCCGGCAAGAUCGAGGAGGUCAACGUUAAGAUGCUGGACAAGAUUUUGGCCGAAAACGAUCACGUUGUCGUGUUCUUCUAUGCCGAGGGCGACAAGAAGGCCCAGAAGAUUCUCAACGAGCUGGAGAACAUCGACGACGAGUGCGAGGAAAAAGACAUUGACUUCGUAAAGACAUCCGACGACGAUAUUGAUAAGGAAUACGACCUGCCCGGCCUGCCGGCGCUUGCAUUUUAUAGACAUAAGUUUAGGACAAUUUACACCGGUGACCUGAUGAAGGAAGAGGAAAUCCUAGAGUGGGUUAUUGAUUUGCACGAGUCCACUGCUGAUGUUAUUGAGUCGGUCGACAGGAAGACCCUCCAAGUGCUGAUCAACGACGUGGAACACCUGGCCGUCUUCUUCUACGAUGACGAGUGCGAAUCUUGCUCCGACAUUUUGGAGGAACUGGAGAACAUCGAUGACGACACCGACAAGCAUGGAAUCCAAUUCGUGAAGUCGAAUGAUGUGAAACUAGCCCACGAAAUUGGUAUUUUCGCAUUCCCAGCUUUGGUCUACUACGAGACUGGCGUCCCGAUCAUGUAUGACGGAAACAUCGCCAGCAACGAGGACGUCUUCAACUGGAUCCUGGAACAAAAGGCCGACCAAAGCAUUCAACUUAUCGAUCGGGAUCAACUCUUCGAGUAUAUAGGCACCAAAGACUUUUUAGCGGUUGUGUUUUACAAGGAGGACGACCCCGACUCGCCACGAGUGCUGCGGCACAUCGAACUAAUCGACGAUGAGGCUGCCGAAUAUGGCAUUUAUAUUGUGAAGAUGCACGACAAGCUGAUGGCCAAGAAGUACGGAUUCAGGAACCCGCCCGGCCUGACCUACUUCCGCAAGGGCAAGUACAUUAACUACGACGGGGACAUAGACGACGAGGAGGAGGUCCUCGACUGGCUGACCAGUCCUGCCAACAUGGAGAUGACCGACCACAUCGAGCAGGUCAACCGCAAGAUGUUCGAGAAGAUUCGCAAGAACUCUGACUACGUGGCGGUGAUAUUCUACAGCGACGAGUGCAAACAGUGUCCUCGGGUCCUGGCCGAGGUGGAGCACAUUGACGACGAGGCCGACAAGGCUGGCAUUGACUUUGUGAAAAUCGACGACAAGCAAAUGGCCAAGGAGUACGGCGUCUUUGCCCUGCCGGCCAUUGUCUUCUUCAAACCCACAUCCAAGGAGCCUGUUAUCUACGCCGGUGAUCUUUACGAAGAAGAACAGAUCCUCACUUGGUUGAUCACGCAAAAGGAUCCAAGUGGAGAUGUCAUCGAAGAUCUCGAAGGCGAGAGGCUCGUUCAAUUGAUUGAAGAGUCUGGCUCCAUAGCCGUGUACUUCUGGAACAAGACUAAGUGCGACAUUUGCAAUUCGAAAGCGGCGCGCAAGGCGCGGAUGAAAAAGGAGCGGGAGCAGCACCAGCAGGAGGGCGGAGCCGCCGGUGCGGCUGCCGCCUUCGGCAGCGAGGUAGAUCCUUCCGAGGCGGCCGCUGGCGGGGCGCUGGACGGGUCGCCGGGCGCUGGGGAGGCGCCAGCUGCUGCAGACGCAGCUGCACCACCGGAGGCAUCGGCUGGCAAACACGAAGAUGAUGCGGACGGAUGCGAGCAGUGCACCAAGGUCCUGGAGGAGCUGGAGAACAUAGACGACGACUGCGACAAGCACGGCAUAACCUUCGUGAAGACCAGGGACUUCUCGGUGGCCGACGGCUACGGCGUCCACGAGUACCCGGCGCUGGUUUACUUUGAGGGAGGAAUACCCAACGUGUUCGAGGGCGAGCUCAGCGAGGAGGAGGAGGUGCUGCAGUGGCUGAUCACCCAAAAGACCGAGGACCGCAUCGAGCUCAUCACGCGUCAAAUGCUGGAGACCAUGGUAGAGGAGACCCAGUACCUGGCCGUGUACUUCUUGCCGCCUGAGCGGAAGGGAAAGCCAGCCAGCCAGCCAGCUUUCUGCCGCAGUUUCUGCUCCCCCUCCAGUCUCAAAGAAAGCAACCUGACCGCCACCACAAAACACCCAUCCAGCCAAUUCGUUCAAAGCUACAUCUCACGUAAAAGAAAACGUAUCGAAAAACAAGACAAAAUCAACUGCAACAUCUGCGACCAGAUCCUCGAGGGCCUCGAGCUGAUCGACGACGAAUGCGAUGUAUUCGGCAUCCACAUGGUCAAAAUCCAGGACCCGCAGCUGGCGAAACGAUACUCGAUAAAGACCUUCCCAGCUCUGGUUUAUUUCCGCAAUGGCAAUCCUUUGCUCUUUGAGGGCGACCUCCAGAAUGAACAGUCCGUCCUGGAGUGGCUCAUCGAUGACGACAACCGGGAGCUGGCCGAUGAAAUCGAGGAGGUCAACGAGCGGAUGCUGGACAGGCUGAUGGCCGAGUCCACCCUGUUGGUGGUGUUCUUCUACGACGAUGACUGCGCGGAAUGCGAGGAGAUUUUGGAGGAGCUGGAGGAGAUCGAUGGCGAAGCCGACAUGUUUGGCAUAGACUUUGUGAAGAUAGCCAGCAUCGAGGCGGCCAAGAAAUACGAAAUUGUCAAUAUACCGUCCCUGGUAUACUUCCGAAAACAAGUUCCCGUCCUUUAUGACGGAGACAUGCACCAACACGACAAGGUUAUCACAUGGCUGACCUCCCAGGACGUUUUCGAAAUCAAAAACGAAAUCGAAGAAGUCAACCGUAAAAUGCUCGACAAACUGCUCGAGGAGAACGAGUUCCUUUCCGUGUUUUUCUAUGAACACAACCAGCCCGACAGCACUGCAGCCCUGGAGAAGCUUGAGAACAUUGACAGCGAGACUGAUAAUCUGGACAUAACCUUCGUGAAGAUGGCCGACUCCCGCUACGCCAAGAAAUGGGGAGUCACCAAGCUGCCAGCAAUGGUCUACUUCCGACGUCGCUUCCCGAGCAUAUACAGAGGUGAUCUCCUCUCCGAGGACGAGGUGCUCGAGUGGCUGCGCAAGAACCGAUUCAGGCAGCCGGAGCUGAACAUCUUCAUGUACGCCCUGAUCGCCCUGGCGGUGGCCUUCGUCAUCUACACGGCGUUCCUGCUGCAGUGCUUCAAGCCGGCGCCUCCGCCGCCCGUCCAGCACCCGAAGCAGUCGUGAACGGCCCAGCCCUGAGAGCACUGAGGAGGAUGCUGGAAGCCAGUAGCCAAUGUGGUGAACUGCCAUCAACUACCAUGGAGGGGUUUUGUGGAGAGAGCAAGGCAACCGAGCGAACCGAACUAGAACCGAUCAUCGAAAUCACCACCUCAUACGCAUCACACUGUACAUCGACCAAUCUCGCAAUCGUCUAAAUUAGACGCCGACUCAAACGACUGCACUUGGGCCUCCGAGGUGGCUCCGAAGUCCUCGGACUCCCGGCUGCCCCAAGUCAAUGACGACCCGUUGUUUUGAAAGAUCUUCUGAGCUUGACAAACUCUAUACUUCCAUAUAUAUCCAUACUCGUGUUCAUAUCCACAUCACAACUGAAUUCAUUUGUCUUCGCACCCGUACUCCGUGAAAAAUCAAAUAAAACAAAAACUCUCAAGUCAUAGUAAUUACUUUAAAGUUACAUUUAAAUGCCAUAAUAUUGUGUAAUAAAUGCCAAUAAUAAUUUUUACAGUA